AUGUCAUCUAACAAAAAUUUUCAAGUUUACUUAACUGGUGGUUUUGCUGCUAUAUGUGAUCUUCUUUUCGGCUAUGACACAGGAAUCAUCGCAGGCGUUCUUACAAUGUCAGAUUUCCCAUUGGCAUUUAGUGGACCAGCAAGCGUUACACGUGGUUCAUUGCCAAGUUCUGUAUCAGGUUCUAUUGUGGAUCUUGAAAAAAAAGAGAACCUUUAUUUUUCUAAUCAACUAAAUUUUCGAUAUGAACAUUGUGUUCGACUGGCUAAUCAAUUUGUUGAACAAGGUAAUGGAGCAUUCUGUUCAUCUGGACAAAACAUUCCAGGUGGACAAAGAAUACAUUUAGUCAUUCCAGUUUUAGCAGCAUAUUAUUCUGCUGGAUAUUUACCAUAA